AUGCGCGUCGAGAUCGAGAGGGUCAGCGCGGCCUUACGGCGGCACUCUUUGCCGGCGAGGCCUGAGGCCCUCUCCGGUGAUCGUCUAGCUGACCUGUUCACUAUGGAUCACUACUGGCACCAACCAUCUUCCUGCCUGCGCAAGGACCGUCGUCUCCUUCCCAUCCGUGAACUCGCAAGAGAUGCAGUGCUUUCUGCUGCAAAAUCCGUCAUUUUGCUCUCGUCCUUUCUCGAGGACCAACCGCUGAAUAAAUGUUGUGGCUUGUGGUUUCAAAGGGACGGCCAGAGAAAAACCGCCCUUGUUUUGACCUCUGCUCAUCUCAUUCGUAAAGAUGAUAUCCACAAGUGGAAGCGGCAGUGGACAGGCGAGUAUCAUCAGAAUGCGAAGGUCAUUGUUCAUUUGCAGGACAACACAACUACACUAGGCCACCUCAUCUAUCUUCAAGAGCAUUAUGAAUUUGCUAUCUAUGAGGUUCAAGUGGACAAACCAGCUCAUCUACCCACUUUUAAUGAACAUGUGCAUUCUGGUCAAGAUGUUUUCCGCCUUGGAAGAGAUGCAAAUCUGGAUAUAAAGAUAACACAUGGUAAUUUGGCCUAUGACAUUCCAUCUCGGUAUGAGAGAUGCCACUACAUGUAUUUUCUUCGUGAUGCAUCUAGUCUCAGGCCCUGUUUGUUACAUGAUGAUGGAGGGCCAAUCAUUGAUUUAGAAGGGAAGAUUGUGGGUCUAGUGAACAACCAAAUUAAUGAGACAUUUGUACCUUCGUCAAUAUUGCACAAGUGCUUGGAUUUUUGGAGAAGGUUCAAUUGUAUGCCUCGCCUCCACCUUGGAAUGACAUUUAGUCCAAUCAAGUUUUUAGGUCCUAUUUGUAUUGAGAGGAUGACUCGCAAGCAUAACAUCAACUCUGGUCUUAUUGUUGAGCAGGUGUCAAAAGAAUCACAUGCUGAGAAAAUUGGAAUUCGCAAGGGUGAUGUCAUUGAAAGUUUUAAUGGAAAGCACAUUUCUACUACAAUUGAGUUGGAAAGCAUGUUGAUAGACAUAUGCUGGGAUCAUUUUGAUCAAGCUAAGAAUUUGAAUACUGAAAAAGAUAUUUCGGUGAAAAUAUUUGAUGCUACCAAACUUUGUCCGAGAACUAGAAACCUGAUUGCAAUUGUAUCGGAUCAUGGAGAGAACAUUGCAAAAGGUAAACAUCCCCUAUCAUGGGGUGAAGAAGCCCUUAUGAUUCUUGAUUCUUGA